UCCGUGAAGAAGCUUUCCGGCAUGAUUAUGGUAAGGCCUUGGAGUCUCCCUGAAACUGGUUCUGAUCUCUUCAACUGUGCAGGUAUAUAUACACAUAGGUGACGUGACGAGUGUGAAGGCUUCCCCUUGGACAAUAAAAGCGUCCAGGGAAUUCUUUCUUUAAAUAACGGGUCCAAGUGCCCAGCAGAGCCAGUAAAUAAAAUUCAAAUCAAAUGCAGAGAGAAGAGCCUAGUUACCGUUGGGGAAGCGAUUGGACGAUGCCGAAGAACGAAAUGAGAUCGAAAUCCACGAGGAGGCCGCUGAGAGACGUUUCAAAUGGCGUGCGGCCCUCCAAAUCGGUGAAGAACAAAGCACCCUCUGAUAACGCCAACGAUAGCGCCCUCUUCGACCGUCUCCUUCUCAUCCACUCCAAUCUAUCCUCUCUCGUUCAUCAGAUUUGAGUUGUGCUGGAGCUGGUGGUUGGAGGAGUGGAGGGGCUUGUGCAUGGUGGUUCAUAGAGUUGCUGGUGGUUGGCAGGGGAGGAUGUGCUUUGGGCUUGGGCAGGCAUUGGAGGUGUCAGAGAAUGGCUGUUGAUUGAUGGAUUUGUUGUGGAAGCACUCAAGGUUAAAGUAACAAACAGAAAGGCAAGGCAUGAAAUAGAAUCUUUCACACAAGUUUUAUCUGAAGUUGAGUCUUCUUUGAAGGUUGACACUCUAGUUAAUUUCUGUUAGCAUACUGUGUUUAUGUUCUUCUGUUGUGCAUCAUGGACAUUGUGUGCUGUCAAUUGCAGCCAUGGGCUCCCAGAUUACAGAAAGCUCUCUCCAGUCACUCUAUUGGUCCCACGAAUCAGUUGGGACAUUCUCUUUUGAGUAGCACUGCCGCUCCUACAAAUGAAAAUGACAUAGUGUGGAGUCCUGAACAAACCAAACUUGAUUCGCUGGUCUCUCCCUCACCACUAGUGUCCUGGCGUGUUGACUGUACUGAUGAGGGUGUUAGACAACUUUUCCUGCUCACGCCUCUGCCAAGGUCAAAAGCAUUUUCAUCCAAAAUUCAUGGUUCAUCCAAACCAGUAAUCGAAAAUAUGACUUCCAAUGUUACUGUUGAGCCACCACCCCUUAAUGCUAAUUCUGGGGAUGCAAAUGAUGGUCCGGUUGAAGGUCAAGGGGUGAAGCAAACCCCAAGCAAAGUCUCUGAUGCUAUUGUGACUAAAGGGGAAAGCAGUCCAGCACAUGGGCUUAAAUCUCCACCAAAGUUUUUAAGAAAUGAUUGUUCUGUGCUUGUUAUGACGCCAUGCUUGAAAAUGUCACCGCCUAGAUCUUGUGUAUUGCUCGAACCUAUAUCUGGUCAAGUUCACAAGCAUAAUCAUAAGGUCUGGAAAUCAACCCCAUUUCCUGUUGGAAUUCAGGAUCUUACUGAGUCUCAAACUUCUGAGUCCUCCGGCAGUGAAAUAACUGAGAAUUUGGCUUUGAAGUACCCAGAACUAUUUGGGAUACAACAUCAUAAAUUGCAGAUUGGAAGGAAGGCCAUAGAAGCAUCACCGGAUUGGUUAAUGUCACCUCCUAAAACUUGUGUUCUAUUGGAGCCACCUGAUGAGAAAUCACUGACCAAUGGUACUAGCAAUUGUCAGUUAUCAGCUACCACCUGUGUCCAGAAUCAGCAGAUUUCUUUCGCAAAACAAAAUGAUGUUCAAAGCCAUCAUUAUUUAACCAGGAGAUCCUACAAUGAAGGACCUGUUGGUAGCUUAGCACUAAUUGAGAGCACCCCCACAUGGAAGGGGCCCAAAAGCACCAUUCAAACUAAGAAGCAUCCUGGAGAGAACACUUUAAAGAAAGAGCUAUGGACAAGGUUUGAUGCUGCUUCUACUAAUGGAAUACGUUUUAAUGUCUCUGUUCUGCAAGAGACCACCCGGAAAGGAUUUCUUGACAGAUUGGAGGAGGUUUCUUGUGAUGAGAAGUCCCCCUGUGAGAAUUUUGAGAUGAUUAAUGACUUCUGCAUAAAAUUUUAGCUUUAGGUGGUGAUGUGCUGUUGUAGAUUCGUGGGAGGUGUUUUGGGGGCUUUUGUUGUAUCUUUACUUCACACCGCCCCCUGAAAAAGCAAAAGAAAAUAUUUGAGUUCUCUUGAUUGAAACUUUUUGAUAGUGUAAUGAACUAAUAAUAACAAAUUAUAGGC